AACUCAUCCAUUUUUAUACACACCCUUCCUUUUGUCCAUCUCUCCUUUUAGCCUUUGUUUUUCCUUCAAUCGUUUUCUAUUUACUGUUUUGCCCCUACCAUAAUCUCUGUCUCUCUGUUUCACCUAUACAUCCAUCUUCUCCAUUUUAGGGUUUUAAGAUUUCCGAUUUUCUCCGAUCCGAUUCUCCUUCUUGUCAAAUUGUUUGAAUUUACUAACAACUUACAUUUUGUCGAAUUUGAAUCCAGACGUUAUUUCAACUAUUAAAUCUCAGUGGAAGUACUUAAUUCUUAGGAUUCUAGUUUCUCUUUUUUCUUUUUAAUUAUUUAAAAAAAAAAUAGGUGUAGAAAUGUUAGGGACAGGAUUGCAAUUUAGUGGCCGAGGUGGUCGUGGAGAAGAUCGAUUUUAUCAACCAGCUAAAGGCCGUAGAAAUCACCACCACAAUCAACACAAUGAUCAACUGCGUAGAGCUCAGAGCGAUGUUACACCGGCGGCGACUCAAUUGCCAUCAUCGGCAAAGGAGAAAGUUGAAAAGUCAUCCGUUUUGAUGGCGGAUAGAGAGCCUGAUAACCUAACCGAAUCUCAUAAAUCGGCGGUUUCAGUGCCUGCCAUUGAACCGGUGUUUUCUCCAUUGAGUAAUUUAGAGCGGUUUUUGGAGUCUAUUACACCAUCUGUUCAGGCGCUGUACUUAUCUAAGACUACAAUGCGAGGGUGGAGGACGUGUGAUGUGGAGUUUCAACCAUAUUUUGUACUAGGUGAUUUAUGGGAGUCCUUCAAGGAAUGGAGUGCUUAUGGUGCUGGAGUUCCUGUUAUUUUGAAUCAUAGUGAUUCUGUUGUUCAAUAUUAUGUUCCCUAUUUGUCUGGUAUUCAACUUUAUGGAGAGUCUACCAAGACUUGUGAUAAGUCCAGGAGACUAGGCGAGGACAGUGACAGUGAUUUUAGGGAUUCAAGUAGUGAUGGUAGCAGUGAUUGUGAACCUGAAAGAGGAUUAACGGGGUCAAGGAAACAAUGGAAUCAUCAGCACGUAGCAAAUGGAGUUCCUCUUAGAAUGGAUAGAUUGUCACUUAGAGAUUGCCAUAAUGCCCAUCAAGAGGACUUCUCUAGUGAUGAUGGUGAAUCUAGUAAUUCUCAAGGAAGCUUGCUGUUUGAGUAUUUUGAACGAGAUCCCCCUUACGGCCGGGAACCAUUGGCCGACAAGAUUUCAGAUCUCGCAUUAGAAUUCCCUGGUUUAAAGACACUAAGAAGUUGUGAUUUACUAUCAUCAAGCUGGAUUUCUGUGGCCUGGUAUUCAUCUUUCAGUGUUUUGUUUGCUAAUGAUAUUAAAUUCUCAUGUUUGAUUAUUGGUCUGCUGGAAAUUUGUAGGUAUCCGAUUUACAGGAUACCAACAGGACCAACACUGAAAGACCUGGAUGCUUGCUUUCUGACAUACCAUUCUCUUCAUACACCAUUAGGAGGUGCACAAACUGCUCAUACUCCAGUUAUGACAUAUCCCACUGAGAUGGAUGGUGUGCCUAAGAUGUCCUUGCCUGUAUUUGGGCUUGCAUCAUACAAGUUCAAGGGGCCCUUGUGGACCCCUAGUGGGGGAAGCGAGCGACAAUUGGCAAAUUCUCUUUUGCAGGCUGCUGACAAUUGGUUGAGAUUGGUUCAGGUCUAUCAUCCAGAUUUCGUGUUUUUCUGCCGCAGGUGAUAAAAAAUUCUGAUGGAUACUUCAUCCCUUCAAACAUUCUGGAAGCUAUAAGCCCAACGCACUUGUUUCAUAAAUGAAUUAUGAGAGCUGAACUAAUCCCUUAAUUUAUGGAAAGAAAGAUGUCAAGUGGAGUCAGGUGCAAGUUUUUUGAUAUUUGUUCUUACAGUAGUUUUAUAUGGGGAUAAAAAAGGAAAAAAAAAAAAAAAAAAAAUUGUGGGAGAGGUUUGGAAUGGAAAGAGUGCAAAUAAGGCUUAAGCAAAAAUGAAUAGAGGAAACAGAGUUAGGAUGAGCUACUGAACGGAGAGCUGAACUAAGGUGAAGAAGUGGUUUAGCCUACCUCAGUGAGAGCAAGUUUUACUUGCUCCUCCUUAUUAAAUUAUAUAAUGGGUUUUGUAAUGAUAAACCAGGCACUUUUUUUCUGUCCUGCUGGUUCGUCUUAGCAUGUAAUAUUUUAUUUCAA